UUCUUAGCGAAGCCUAGGGGUUUGACUAAACAACUUGCCAAGGUGAAUGUUUACAAUUUUACGUGACUUACGUUCGGUAGAAAUUCAAGGAUGGCUCAUUAUAAUCCAUCACAGAAAAAUCCUCCAUGGGUUCGGAAUAAUGUUCAACAACAGCCAAUGCUGGCUCAACAAAUGACAGUUCAGUCUGUUGCGUUGAGCCAGCCAGCAUUGACAACCACUCACCUGGCAGCCCAAAAUCAAAUAGGCCAAGUCCAGUUAACGCCAGCCAUACAAAGCCACCAGGUUCAAAUUCCCCUUAAUCAAGCACAUCUACUGUUAAAUCAGCAGUUAACUCCAGCCAGUUGUACCUUUGGGCAAGUCCAAAUAAAUCAAGCACAGUUGGCAAAUAUAGCCACAUCCCAGCACCAGGCAACAACCCAUCAAACAUAUUUCACACCUUCUAUAAGCUUGCAGCAGAAUGUUGGUAUUCCUCAAGGAACUAUUCAGAUUCAGCCGUCAAGUUUAGUUAUUCCCACGUCCAUAUCGACAAGUAUCGCACCACCUGGGUUGGCUAUGCCUACUACACUAUCUUCAGUCCAGAACUAUACUACUACGUAUGCAGUAAAUAGAUCGUGUGUGUCUCAACAGCAACAAACUACAGUUAAACAACGAGUCUUCAGUGGACUUGUAACGAAGUUGCACGAAAACUUCGGCUUUAUCGACGAAGAUGUGAUAUUUCAGGCAAGCGUCGUCAAAGGUACUGCGCCGCAGGUCGGAGAUCGCGUCCUGGUAGAAGCUUCCUAUAACGGAUCCAUGCCGUUCAAGUGGAAUGCCACACGGGUUCAAGUCAUAGCACCUCCGGUGUUACCACAGCAACAACAACCACCUCAGAAGCUCCUCGCACCCACAACGUUCUGCCAAAAUGACGUGAACAAACAAAUGAAUCGGGAUUGGUCCAAUCGCGGAAGAGCGACCACAAACGAUUAUCGGGAAUCGGAUAGAGCGACUCCUAAAAGCCGGGACUCGAGAACGCGAGAGAGACGCAGCAGAAGCAACAGCAGGAGUCCGGGUCGUAAACGUAGUCGUAGCCCACAGAAUUCCCCACCACCUCGGCGAAGGGUUCGGGCCACACCUCGAUAUUCUGUACAGAUCCCCAAAGUCUCCUUGGAUUGUCGAGAAGCCAAUCUCCUGGAAUUAAGGCGCCGGUACAACCAUAUGUAUGUGCCUUCUGAUUUCCUGAACUCCAUCUACUGGUGGGUCGACUCGUUCCCCAUCCAUCGUCCUUUACAGCUAGACAGUCCAGUUUCAUUCCACAUCUUCGACAAGGAUGUUGAACCUCCGACAGAAAACACUGCUGUUUACGAGCCUUCCGAUGCUGAUUAUGCGUACAGCGCAAAAGUGAUGCUUCUCAGUCUUCUUCCAAUGGAUGAAUUCGUUCGCAAAUGCUGUCCGGAUGAAGACAAAGAAGAUUUUGUCCAUCCCGCUCGAUUGAUUCGAUUCCUAGUGGGUCAUCGCGGAAAGAACGAGACUAUGGCGAUCGGAGGGCCUUGGAGUCCGUCGCUGGACGGUGCCGAUCCCAAGUCCGAUCCGCAAGUGCUAAUUAGAACGGCCAUUCGCACCUGCAAGGCCCUAACAGGCAUCGAUCUCAGCGCUUGCACUCAAUGGUACCGCGUGGCCGAGAUCCGCUACCACCGAGUCUCGUCCAUGAAAAGUCGCAUUGAAAAUGUCCUGCUCUUUGUACCAGAUGUCUGGUCGUGCGUUCCCACCGCCAACCAGUGGGAGACCAUCGUCCAGUCUUAUAUGCAACCGGCCAACGAGCCAGCUGAGGCCGAUCCUGAAGCUAAGAUGGAAGACGAACCAAAAGAAGACGCGGUUGAUCCAUUAAAGGAAGCUUCUCACUAUUCAAAACUUGAGCCAAAAAAUCUCAAAUUUAGUGAACUCAAAUCGGAAUUGGAGGCGCGGAAUUUGAGUAGUAAAGGUAUGCGGACCCAGCUUGUCCCGCGAUUAACAAUAGCCUUAAAGUGUGAGGCUGAAGAAGAGAAACGUAAACGGGAAGAUGCCCAACUUGCCGAAGAAGAACCUCAAGAAUCAGGAAGUGGAGAAAGUUCUCUUCCUGCGGAUGAGACGGAUAGUAGUCGGCGGUUAGAUUUUGUCGCCUCACCGCAAAUUCUCGUCCAUCCAUCUCCAACUGCCAAAGGAGGCAAGUUCAGUUGUUCCCUGGUCAGUCUUUCCGUUCUUCUGGAUUAUCGGCUGGAAGAUACCAAGGAGCACACCUUCGAAGUCUCACUCUUCUCUGAACUCAUCAAUGAAAUGCUGAUGCGUGAUUUCGGUGCAUUGGUCUAUCGAUCGGUUGUCAAUGAAUAUCUGAGAAAAGAAAAGAGGGACAAGAAAGAGGACGAAGAGACGGAAAAAAAGAAAAGGAAAGAAAUGAAAAUCGGAAGGCUAAUGAACAAUGCCCCGUUACUCUUAGCUUAUUGCUACUUUGAUUUAAGUCAUGCUAACUACAUUGCCAGCAAAGAUUUAGAAGAUCUUUUCCUGACGUUAGGGCUACAAUUAUCACGAGCUCAGGUCAGGAAGCUACUUCAGAAAGUGAUCACGGACGAUUGCCUCCGCUACAAGAAACUCAUUGAGAAAAGUGUUUUGAUGACCAAAGAGGAGGAAGAUCAACCAAGUGAUGUACCUUUAGAUAAUUCGACGUAUGAGGUGACAAACGGGAAGGAAGUAACAGCCAGCGAACCAGUCGGAUUAAUCUUAUUGAACGGUGUUUAUGUGAAUGUCGAACAGUUGCUCGUACGACUGGAACAGUCUGAGGAAUCUAGGAGGGAAAGCGAACUAAAGUUUAAACUGGCUCAAAAUCAAUUGGCGACAUGCCGAGUGGAUUUGACCAAGUCGACAGAAACCAACUCUUCGUUAUGUAGACAAUUGGAAGCGGAAAAAUUACGGGCGGAUUCGGCAACUGAAGAAUUGACGCGGCUUCAGGAAUGUGUCAACCAAUAUGUCCAUGGUAUCAGCAAGAUUCAGGCAAUCAGCAAUAAUCUUUUAGCUUCAAAAGGAGAAGUGAUUAAAGAGGAGCAGAUACCAUUAGACUCACAAACACUACAAUCAGUAUUUCUAGAUAAAGAAGAACAGUAAACGUUUUCACGUAUUUUAUAAUAAAAA